AUGAUCUUGGACGGCGUGCUCCCGACGAAAGAGUAUAUCGCGUCGCCGGUGCUUGACCCCAAACCUCACUCGCCGCCGCCGCCGCACCUGCGCGAGUGGUGGUACCGUCACCACUGGCCUAUGGAGAUGCAGAUGGCGUGGUUCGACCGCUUGGCGACCAACAUGGGUGUCACUAGGGACGUGAAGGAUACCGGGCUAUUCGGCCUCACCCGCGGUCAGGCAUCGUUGUUCGUUGGGAUCUGGAGGGCAGAGAAUGACAGCACGACAGGACAGGGCGCGACGGCAGCGUUCCAGCAGGUGGUCAAAGAUGCGCGAGACGAGCUCCCAGUCCCGAGAGGCGAUGAAGCGCAGAAUUGGGCCAGAAGGGAGGGUGUCGCCUUUUUCGAGUCGGACGAGUGA